CUCUUUCGGUGAUAAGGCGCGCGAGAUGUCGAGUCGAGUGUUUGUUGUCGAACUACUAUUUCUCAGCUGCUAGACGACCAUAUAGACAGGAACUUAAGCCGUGAUAAGCGAAGUUUUGUUAUUGUUUGAUAACCAUCGUUUGUUUGGAUUUUGUGGUGCUUGUAUAGAAGAAAAAACCUUUCGUGUUCUAACGUCGAUUGGGAAGGUUGUUUGAAACUAGCUCUGAAGUGCUAAGGGAAUCAACAAAAGUAUUAUAUUGAAAAUCAUGGAUCGUGUCGUUGUUUUGGACGGAGGAUUUUCAACCCAGCUUGCGGUUCAUGUGGGCAAACACAUCGAUGGAGACCCACUGUGGAGUGCCAGGUUCAAUGCCACCAACCCUAAUGCAGUCUACAAAACUCAUCUGGAUUUUCUGGAAGCCGGAGCAGAUUAUAUCAUGACCAAUACGUACCAGGCCAGUGUUGAGGGAUACAUGGAGUUCCUGGAUCUCAGUGAGGAUGCUGGACUACAGUUGAUCAAAUCGACUGUGAAGUUGGCCCACAAAGCUAGGGCACGGUAUUUGGCGGAAAAUAAUGUAAGGGAGGUUCCACUGAUUGUGGCUUCUAUUGGACCGUAUGGAGCACAUUUGAAUGAUGGAUCAGAGUAUACCGGAGACUAUGCGGAUUACGUUUCCCCAGAUACGAUCCAGAAAUGGCACCGGAAUCGAAUCGAUGCUUGUCUGGAAGUUGGCGUGGAUGUGCUGGGCAUCGAAACGAUUCCCUGUAAGAUGGAAGCGGAAGCCAUGCUGGAGCUGAUGACCGAGGAAUACCCAACUGUCAAGUUCUGGAUGUCGUUCCAGUGCAAAGACGUCGGUCACAUUGCUCGGGGGGAAAAUUUUGCGGAAACGGCCAUCCAUCUGUGGGAACGAGCUCGGCAGCUGGAAAACGACAAUCUCAUCGCCGUCGGAGUCAACUGUGUCCAUCCCAGCUUCGUUACCCCGUUGUUGAAGGCAGUCAAUGAAAACCGUCCUCCGGCGGACCGGAUUCCGUUGAUCGUGUAUCCGAACUCCGGGGAGGUUUACAGUGUGGAAACAGGAUGGUUCGGAAAGGAAUCCUGCAUUCCGCUGGAGAGCUAUGUGCCGAAAUGGAUUGAACUCGGUGCCCGGUUUAUCGGAGGAUGCUGCCGUACCAAUGCCCGGGACAUCAAGAGGAUUAAGCAAACGGUAGAAUCUUUACAACCUGGAUCUCUUAAAGCGCUCUAAUUGUUACUGUUAAAAAGUAGAUGAUAGGCUGAUUAUUUUUUAAGGCACGAAAACAUGUUACCGAUACUUCGGCUCAAACAGAAGCCAAAACGUAUAGGAUAAGUUUGAGUUAAUUAUAUAUUAGACAAUAAAAUCUUCAAUAUUAAUUCAGGA